AAUGAGGGAGCCGUGCAAAUUGUGCAGUACUAGUGGUCCUCCAGGACACGUUUGAAAACCACUGGUGGGCUUCAUGACUUCUGAUACAAAUCUCAACAAUGGUGACAGUAAAUGUGUGUAGCUCACACGACACUGUAACAAAAAUUUGCUGUGGAGAAGUGAAGGAGAAGAGCAGAGCUGUGUGUCGAGUUGUUAAACAGUGCAGUAUCUGUUCCGGUCUGUAGGUGACACUGUUGACAACACAUUCAUUGACAAUCAUCUUUCAUUAGGUAUAAAAAGAUGGAAAACAUAAAAUCGAAAGGACUGCUAGGAAUAGUAUUUCUUUUGAAUGCUAUUGCCAUUCUGAUAUGGACCUACACAAGCUGGUAUUCUAAUUACAUACGGAUUUCAUCAGUUUAUUAUAAACAGAAGACCCCAGAGUCUUUAAAUUCAAUAACACCCAUCAAAGACUCAAAACACUUCAUGGUGUCUGCAUUCAUCGACCACAGAAUUGAUGGGACCAUUCGAGUCAUCAGCAUAAUCAACAGAGAAAGUCUUCAGCCACUUUACUGCAUUUACUGCAAUGCUGAAAAUGAAUGUACAACUGUUGAGACUGAUGUCCAAAUACACAGUGACCAUUUUGGGUUUCCAUUUCAUGUCUCGGAUGUGAUCUGUAAAGGUAAACACUUGCAAAAUGCAACACAUGUCCUCAUCUCAACUAAUGAUUCAGUUAAUCGUUCUGCAGAGUUUCUGCCAAUAAGAAAUCGUGUAAUGAGUGAGACCUUCAAGUAUAACUUCACAGUUUGCAUCUCAACCCUUUUUGGUGACUACAACAAUGUGCUGCAGGUUGCUCAAGCUAUAGAGAUGUACAAGCUUCUGGGCGUUCAGCGAGUGGUCAUCUAUAACACUAGCUGUGGACCCGACCUAGAAAAACUUUUAAAGCAUUAUGAAAGAGAGGGGAUACUGGAGAUUGUUUCAUGGCCAAUCGACAAGUUUCUUAAUCCAUCUAAAGGUUGUUAUUUUCACGUACACAAGGGUGACCUUCAUUAUUAUGGUCAGCUGACAACACUCAAUGAGUGCAUUUACAGACACAUGUAUCAAUCCAAGUAUGUUCUCCUGAAUGACAUCGAUGAGAUCAUCAUGCCUUACAAAUAUGACAAUUUACCAUCUCUUAUGGAAAACCUUCAAGCUGCACAUCCCAGUGUGGGUGUGUUCGUUAUUGAGAACCACAUGUUCCCCACAACACAGUUUGAUGACAGUGGUCGCUUCAAACGACAAGAAUGGAGUAAAAUUCCUGGUAUCAAUAUCAUGGAGCACAUUUAUAGAGAACCUGACCGAAAAAAUGUUUUUAAUCCCACUAAAAUGAUUGUUAAUCCAAGGUUGGAGGAGCAAACCUCAGUGCAUUCCUCUUUAAAACACUUUGGUGAUUCCUACCAAUUUUCAUUUGAUGAAUGUAGGCUUGUACAUGUGAGGGAACCACUGCAGGGCAAUCUUACCAAAGAUCAGCUGAUUGUGGACAAAAGAUUGUGGGACUUUGAACAAGAACUGCUACCAAAUGUUGACAAUGCAUUGAAGCUUUCUGGUUUGUUAACACCUUAGUUACAGCUGACAUCAUUUAUUAUAAUAAAAUGAUUAUACAAUGCUUAAAGGGAUAGUUCGGCCAAAAACGAUAUUAAACCCAUGAUUUACUCACCCCCAAGCUGUCCGAGUUGCAUAUGUCCAUCGUUUUUCAGACAAACACAUUUUCGGAUAUUUUAGAAAAUAUUUUAGAUCUUUCUGUUCAUUAAAUGUAAUGUUACGGGGUCCAGCAAUAGUCCACGACCUUCAAGUCCAAAAAAGUGCGUCCAUCCUUCACAAAUUAAAUCCAAACGGCUCCAGGAUGAUAAACAAAGGUCUUCUGUGGGUAAUCCGUGCGGUGUUGUUGUAGAAAUAUCCAUAUUUAAAAUGUUAUUAACGUUAUAAACUACCUUCCGGUAGCGCCGCCAUCUUAGACUCAGGAGAGAGUAUUAGCGUAGUGUACACACUUUUCUUAGUGACGUAUGACAAAUUCGGAGGGCGGGGGCACAGAGCAGCAGCAGAGAAACUCUGUACGCUGCGUAAGCUCUCAUCCUGAAUGCGCAUCACUCCAAAAUGGCGGCGCUACCGGAAGGUAGUUUAUAACGUUAAUAACAUUUUAAAUAUGGAUAUUUCUACAACAACACCGCACGGAUUACCCACAGAAGACCUUUGUUUAUCAUCCUGGAGCCGUUUGGAUUUAAUUUGUGAAGGAUGGACGCACUUUUUUGGACUUGAAGGUCGUGGACUAUUGCUGGACCCCGUAACAUUACAUUUAAUGAACAGAAAGAUCUAAAAUAUUUUCUAAAAUAUCCGAAAAUGUGUUUGUCUGAAAAACGAUGGACAUAUGCAACUCGGACAGCUUGGGGGUGAGUAAAUCAUGGGUUUAAUAUCGUUUUUGGCCGAACUAUCCCUUUAAUUUUGGAUACAGACUUAAAAAUGGACAAGCAAAUAAACUAAGCAGUUACAUAUUUUUUGCUGCAUACAAAAUGCUGCGGCCAGAAUGAUUAAGUCAGCCAAGAAAUUGGACCAUGUUAUACCUUUAUUGAGAUCCUUAACUCUUUCCUGAUGGAUCAUACCUUAGAUCCCCACGUGCAGAAUGUUUUUAUUAUUGUGUGUUUUAGUUUAUUCCUAAUCAUUUAUUUACAUAAUCAUUUUAUAAUCAUUAGUUAUCCAUAUAAUUGUUUGUUUGCUGAUUCAAUAUUAUUUUAUUAUUAUCCAUUUCAUUGUAUCAUUUUUAUCACUAUAUUAUAUUUCAUUUAUUCAAUCAUUUAUCAUUAUAUUUCUAUAUUUUAUCAUAUUAUUCAUUCAUUCAUUCAUAUGUUUCAUAUAUCUUAUUGAUUUAGUUGUUGUUCAGUCUUAUAGUUGUCUUACAUUUGUGAAGUUUCACAAGCUGUCCUGUCUGUCUGUAAACAGAGAUAGAUAAAGAGAAUGUUUAUGGAAGCUCAAGGUUUGUGGGAUGUUGCUAUUAAGCAUUUUGUUAUUUUGGUAACAGUGCAUGUUGAAUUCAUGCUGGGGGGACAUGGGUUGAAUAAGGUUUGAACAUUGAGACAUAUGCAACUGAAGCUGUCCAUCAAUAAAACUCUGUUCUAUUUUAUCAUCUAAACCUUCGUCUCAUGUCCUCUGCUUGUGCUCUCCUCUAGCAACGAUUGAUAACUGACAGAA